GAGCCGUUUAUCUUUUAUGAAGAGUAUGCACUCGCUAUUUGUAAAACAUGUCAGUUUGCUGUGGUUAGUGACGAGUUAGCCACCCACCUACGGACACGCCACCGCCAUAUCCCACCGUCGACCCGUAGUAGCAUCGUCAAGGCCAUCUCUAGUAUAAUGGGCAUACGUACGAACCAGGCCAGUCUUGCGCAGCUGCAGUAUCCCGACCCAUCAAUAGCCCCAUCGACCAUCUUGCCGACCUAC